AUGCUGAGCUCAGUCUGCGUCUCGUCCUUCCGCGGGCGCCAGGGGGCCAGCAAGCAGCAGCCGGCGCCACCGCCGCAGCCGCCCGAGUCCCCGCCGCCGCUGCCGCCGCUGCCACCGGCGCCGCUGCAGCAGCAGCAGCCUGCGCAGCCCGGCCCCGCCGCGUCCCGCGGCCCCCAGGCAACCCGCGGGCCCGGGGGCCAGCGCGCCGAGCCAUGCCCCGGGCUGCCGGCGGCGGCCAUGGGGCGGCACGGCGGCGGCGGUGGCGACAGCGGCAAGAUCGUGAUCAACGUGGGCGGCGUGCGCCAUGAGACGUACCGCUCGACGCUGCGUACCCUGCCGGGGACGCGGCUGGCAGGCCUGACGGAGCCGGAGGCUGCGGCGCGCUUCGACUACGACCCGGGCGCCGACGAGUUCUUCUUCGACCGGCACCCGGGAGUCUUCGCCUACGUGCUCAACUACUACCGCACCGGCAAGCUGCACUGCCCGGCAGACGUGUGCGGGCCUCUCUUCGAGGAGGAGCUUGGCUUCUGGGGCAUCGACGAGACCGACGUGGAGGCCUGCUGCUGGAUGACCUACCGGCAGCACCGAGAUGCCGAGGAGGCGCUCGACUCCUUCGAGGCACCCGACUCUGCGGGCGCCGCCAACGCCAACGCCGCGGGCGCCCACGACGGAGGCUUGGACGACGAGGCGGGUGCGGGCGGCGGCGGACUGGACGGUGCGGGCGGCGAGCUCAAGCGCCUCUGCUUCCAGGACGCGGGCGGCGGCGCCGGGGGACCGCCGGGGGGCGCGGGCGGCGCGGGCGGCACUUGGUGGCGCCGCUGGCAGCCCCGCGUGUGGGCGCUCUUCGAGGACCCCUACUCGUCGCGGGCCGCCAGGUAUGUGGCCUUCGCCUCGCUCUUCUUCAUCCUCAUCUCCAUCACCACCUUCUGCCUGGAGACCCAUGAGGGCUUCAUCCACAUCAGCAACAAGACGGUGACGCAGGCCUCUCCGAUCCCCGGGGCUCCGCCGGAGAACAUCACGAACGUGGAGGUGGAGACGGAGCCCUUCCUGACCUACGUGGAGGGCGUGUGCGUGGUCUGGUUCACCUUCGAGUUCCUCAUGCGCAUCACCUUCUGCCCGGACAAGGUGGAGUUUCUCAAGAGCAGCCUCAACAUCAUCGACUGUGUCGCCAUCCUGCCCUUCUACCUGGAGGUGGGCCUCUCGGGGCUCAGCUCCAAGGCCGCCAAAGACGUGCUGGGCUUCCUCCGGGUCGUGCGCUUCGUCCGCAUCCUGCGCAUCUUCAAGUUGACCCGGCACUUCGUGGGGCUGCGUGUGCUGGGCCACACGCUCCGCGCCAGCACCAACGAGUUCCUGCUGCUCAUCAUCUUCCUGGCCCUGGGGGUGCUCAUCUUUGCCACCAUGAUCUACUACGCGGAGCGCAUUGGCGCCGACCCUGAUGACAUCCUGGGCUCCAACCACACCUACUUCAAGAACAUCCCCAUUGGCUUCUGGUGGGCUGUGGUCACCAUGACGACCCUGGGCUAUGGAGACAUGUACCCCAAGACGUGGUCAGGCAUGCUGGUCGGGGCGCUGUGUGCUCUGGCGGGGGUGCUCACCAUCGCCAUGCCUGUGCCCGUCAUUGUCAACAACUUUGGCAUGUACUAUUCGCUGGCCAUGGCCAAGCAGAAGCUGCCCAAGAAGAAGAACAAACACAUCCCCCGGCCCCCGCAGCCUGGCUCGCCCAACUACUGCAAGCCUGACCCACCCCCGCCACCUCCGCCCCACCCUCACCACGGCAGCGGCGGCAUCAGCCCCCCGCCACCCAUCACGCCGCCCUCCAUGGGGGUGACUGUGGCCGGAGCCUACCCCCCGGGGCCCCACACGCACCCCGGGCUGCUCAGGGGGGGAGCGGGGGGGCUGGGGAUCAUGGGGCUGCCUCCUCUGCCGGCCCCUGGCGAGCCUUGCCCGUUGGCCCAGGAGGAGGUGAUUGAGAUCAACCGGGCAGAUCCCCGCCCCAAUGGGGACCCGGCGGCAGCUGCACUUGCCCACGAGGACUGCCCAGCCAUCGACCAGCCCGCCAUGUCUCCGGAGGACAAGAGCCCCAUCACCCCCGGAAGCCGGGGCCGCUACAGCCGGGACCGGGCCUGCUUCCUCCUCACCGACUACGCCCCUUCCCCUGAUGGCUCCAUCCGGAAAGCCACCGGUGCUCCCCCACUGACCCCCCUAGACUGGCGUAAGCCAGGCCCCCCAAGCUUCUUGCCCGACCUCAACGCCAACGCUGCGGCCUGGAUAUCCCCCUAGUGGACGAACCCCCUCCCCCCGGGGAAAAGCCCCGGGACACUUUUCUGGGUGCAGGAUGGGGUGAGAAAGGCUCAGCUGCCUGCCCACUCCCCUGCGAAGCCAGCCAGCACUCAGCACCCACGUGCCCCGGGUGCUGGGCACAGGGAGCUCAGCCGUGAACAAAAUCCACCCCCUCCAGGAGCUUCCAGUCUGGAUGGGGAGGCAGACACAGACCUAGAAAGUCACUGUUGAGGUGACACACGCUCCGAUGGAGGCAGCAUAGGCAGCGCAGUAGAGGAACACACAAAGCUUCCCAGGGCGGACGGGGCAUGGGGACUCCAGAUGACUAGGGUGAGACGUACACACAGCAGGGUUCUGCCAGCUGCCGGGCAGUUCCCGUUAGUAAAGACUAGAGGGAACUACACAAAAAGCCUGGGAGCCAUGUCCUAGAGGGAGAGGGACUAGGAGGCAGAGAUCUGGCAGGGAAGCAGCAGCCAGGCUGGUGGCUGGGACCUUGUCCAGGAGCAGGGACAGGCUGGGGACUGAAGGCUGUGCCAAGGUGAGGGGGACAGGAAGACACCAGCAAGCUCUUACCACAUGCUAGAUAUGGGGAGAUAUUUUAUAUAACAUAUAUUGUUUCGUCCUGUUAAUAAGAACCCUAGCCAGCCUCUAGCUCCUUUCCUUCAUGUAUUCAUUCAUUCAUUCGGCAACCAAUCUAAUCCUUAUGUGAGCAGUGCCAGGCAGUGUAGCUUGCAGUGCACAAAGCAAGCAUCUAUUGCCAUCACAGCUUCCAGUCUCCCAUCCACGUACUAACCGGGCCCGACCCUGCUUAGCUUCUGAGCUCAGAUGAGAUUGGGAAGCGUCCAGCCUAAAGCCUAGGCUGUCAAACUAACUAUACAGCCGGAGGGCCAAACCUUUCAGCCAACUGUUUUUGUAAAUAAAACUUUAUUGAAACACAGCCCGUGUUAGGGCGAGCA